AUGCUCCUGUCGCAGUGUGGGGCUCACUCGCGAGGCAAUGGAAGCAAUCGAAAGUAUUUCUUUUCGAGCCCCAUGGCAAGAAUCGGGCUCUUGCUCUGGCUUUCUUUCAUGCCUGUCGAUGGAUGUCUCUCGGUGACGUCGCCGGCUCCUGGGAGGGCUUCAUCGGAGUGCGUCGUCGCCUAUCAAAUCUUUUGGGCGCCCUAUGGAAGGAACUGGGGACGCCGAAAAUUCUUGUCCUUCCUCGGAGCCCCGCAUACAAUAAUAAAUCAAUCCUGCAAGGCGGGAAUAACCAACCGAGCCAUCGUGGACGGGAGAGGGAUUCGAGGCGUGACUGCGACGGGCACGCAGUCGCGCUGCGAGGGCCGCCGAGGGGACCGCCGGCGAGAGCUGCAGUCGGGGCGAAGGCAUGACAUGGCGAGCGACCGGGCCUCGGGCGGGGAGCUCGAUAUCGGAACCCGAUCACUGUCGACCACAGUAAUUCGCAUCCGCCCGCGCGGGGACGACACCGGAGCAGCCACGCCCGGAGCCGUUUCUCGCUCGUCUGUUGCCGCCGGAGAGCCCCGAGCGGGAAAGGGCCGCGCGCGCGCCGAACGUCCGUGUCGUUCGAUGCGCGGCGUCGGAAAGCUCGUUCGGGGCAUAUUCUGCGGCCACGAGGGCCAUCGGCGAUGGCGCAGUGACCUCACGUCCGGUCGGGAUGCGACAACCGAGGUCAGUGCACCCGAAAGGAUCCAAAAGACCGCAAAUCUUUUCGGACAACACGACGGAGACCGGUGUACUGAACCGGGGCGUGUCCGGCGCGAGUCAGUGACGGAUCGCGGCCCCGACGGAGCUCCUGGCGUGUCCGGUACCUGCCCUGUCGAGGCGAGGGAGUUGGUUCGGUGCGCCCGGGAAGCGGAUGCCGGACGCCGGGCGCCGGGCGGGGUGGGGGAGGCACGAGGCCCAGCCUUGUCUCCGAGGGCAGGGCGCGUCGGGAAAGGCCCGGCCCUCGUUCCAUGCACCAGUUGGCGAGUUUGUGGCUGUCCCGGGGCCUGGGCACUCCACCAUUCGGUCCAGAGUGGCAGCUCGCGCGCUUCCACCAAUGCCACGCCAGCUUCUCGAGACUUUCGCUUCCACCCGUGCCACGCCAGAUUAUGCCCUUCCCGUGGCUGCGCGCUGAAAAGCUCCGCCACUGUGCUGCCGCCUCUGGCCCCGUCCGCCUGGCCUGCUUACGUUCGGUGGGGCGAAUAUUCCCCCGGGGCCGGGAGAAUAGGUGGAGCCACGGCUGGAGGAUCUAGCGGGUGUCCCCGAAAUGAUUGUGGUUCACUGCAUUUGAAUGGCUCGCGGGGCGGAGGAGGGGGAAUUCGUUCGGGCUCGUAG